GCUACUACUACUACGAAAAUUGUUGUUGUCGACUUGUGUCGCGCCGACAUCGGCACGAGUGUCUCGUGGUACAUUUUGUUUCGUUGAUUACCGGACAAGGUUCUGCUAUUACUGAUAGUUUGGGGUGCUCGUAUUAAGAUGACUUUUGGCCGCAGUGGUGGAUUUGGUGGAGGUCGAGGAGGAGGAGGAGGCGGAGGCGGCGGCGGCGGCGGAUAUGGAGGGCGGGGUGGUGGUGGAGGAUAUGGAGGCCGAGGGGGUGGAGGAGGUCGAGGAGGUGGUGGUGGUUUUGGAGGAGGUGGUGGCUUUGGAGGAGGCCGUGGAGGUCGGGGAGGUGGAGGUUUUAAAGGAGGCUUUGGUGGUCGUGGAGGUGAUCAAGGUCCCCCUGAUCAGGUUGCAGAGAUUGGUUUCUUCACACACACAGCACAGGAAGAUUUAGUAUGCACAGUAACAAAUCCGGAUGUACCCUAUUUCAAUGCUCCAGUAUACCUUGAAAAUAAAGAGCAGGUAGGGAAAGUUGAUGAAAUUUUUGGAUCUCCCCAGCAGAAGUUCAUGUCCGUCAAGUUGGGUGAAAACAUGAAAGCUAAAUCAUUUAAAGCAAACACAACGUUGUUCAUUGACCCUGCAAAACUCUUGCCACUACGAAUUUUUCUUCCUGGUGGUGAUAAAGGCCGAGGAGGUGGUAGAGGUCGUGGUGGUCGUGGAGGCGGCAGAGGUGGCGGUCGUGGUGGUGGUGGUAGGGGAGGAGGAGGAGGAUUUGGGAGAGGUGGUGGGGGAGGAAGAGGAGGAGGAGGAUUUGGUAGAGGUGGUGGUGGAAGAGGCGGCGGGGGAGGCUUCGGAAGAGGUGGCGGGGGAGGCUUCGGAAGAGGUGGCGGGGGAGGAAGAGGAAGAGGAGGUGGCGGCGGUGGAUUCAGGAGAUAAUCUAGAUGUAAAUAUUUAAUUUUUAAGGAAAAUCAUGAUAAUGUGAAUUGUGUUUUUAUAUCCCUCUUGUACCCAUCCUUUUGGAGAUGUUAUCUAAUGCAUAUUCACUUCUAAGUGACCUGGACUUACAUCUUUCCCCAGCCAGAGUUACUGACCUGCUCAGUCAGGCACCGCCAGCCAGUGGCAGGCGCAUACACGUUGCGACAGGUAGCUCAGAAAAGAUUUUCGUUGCAAGGCCUCCCAUCCCUUAAAAUAUCACUGCCUACGAUGCUAUAUCUGCAUGCUGAUAUCUGCAGAAAGCUAUUGAUUCUGUCUCCAAAUGGGCCAGCCUAAAUGGUUUUAAAUUUUCAGCCAUUAAGAGUGUUGCUAUUCGCUUUUCAAGGAGCAGGCUUAAAGAGGUUAUACCUACCUAAUUUAAAACUCGAGGGAUCUAUUUUACCAUGUGCUGCCGAUGUCAAAUUUUUGGGAAUGACUUUUGACUCAAAACUCACCUGGACCAAACAUAUUGAUAACCUUAAAGCAUCUUUUAAUCUUUUGAAAGUAUAGUCUCUGGAUAUGAGUGGGGAACUGACAAGAAAUGUUCAUUAAGACUCUGAUGCACUUUGUAGAUCAAAGCUAGAUUAUGGGUGUCGGAUUUAUUCUUCAGCAUGUAAAAGCAAACUUAACGACCUCAAUAUUGUCCAUAACAUGGGAUUACGAAUUUGCUCUGGUGCAUUCCGAAUAUCUGUCGAGUCUGUAGAUAGGUACCCAUCAACUGCCACUUGACUUACGACGGGAGGAACUGGGUCUGCGCUACAUAAUGCACGAAAAAGCAGUUCCGAAAAUCCUUCCAUUAAGGUAAUUCGCCAACUUGGCAACAGGAAAUUUAAACAAAUGUCAUCUGUCCCCUUCCAGAUAAGGCUACAUCAAGAAGUGAAUAAUAAUACUAAAAAAUCAGAAUGUUUCUCAUUUAGUUGCCUCCAGAUUCCCCCCAUGGCUUAUCCCUAAAGCAAAAUUUGUAACAAAACUAUGGUCAAGAAGAACUUUUCUGAUAAAAUGGCAAAGAGUUUAUUCUUAGAACGUGAUGUAACUCAUGAUGGUGCGAAUAAGAUUUAUACAGACGGUUCCAAGUCAAGAGAGGGAGUUGGGCUAGCCUAAUUACAGAAGACACUUGUGAGGCUGCAAAACUACCAAAUUCGGCUACAGUAUAUACAGCAGAACUUUCUGCCAUUAAUAGAGCAUUUGCUAUUGUUCAUCGUACCGAGAAGAAAAUUGUUAUAUCAGAUUCUAAAAGUGGUUUGGAGAGUAAAUAUUUGCAAUACAUCAGAUCCUUUGAUUCUCCAAGCUCAAGAGUGGCUGUUUCGAAUUUCUUGCAAACACAAAGCUGUUUCGUUCUGCUGGGUUCCUACCCAUGUAGGGAUCAAAGGUAAUGAAAAAGCUGAUAGAGCAGCAAAAAGAGUAUGCAAUAAAAAAUCUCUGGAUAUCCAUGAAGUUCCAUACAUUGAUAUGAAGUCUCCUAUUCGAAGCUAUAUCCGCCACAAAUGGCAGGAGCGAUGGUCCUCAAACCUCCUUGCCAGAAAUAAGAAGCUGAAGGCAAUCAGACCUAAUUUGAAUUUUUGGCAGUCUUCGUUUCAUAGAGAGAGGAGGACCGAGAUUGUUUUAACGAGACUUCGUAUUGGCCAUUCCCGAUUGAGAGACAGCUUUAUACUUGAAGGAAGUGAGGCUCCAGUUUGUGCUUGCUGUAGCUGCCUGUUGACAGGAGCAUAUUCUGGUUUGUUGCCCAGUGUAUGGUGCUGUCUGCAGGAAAUUCGGUCUUUCAGGGAAACAAAUUUCUUAUAUUUUAGAUGAUGAUGAUGUCAAUAAUUUUGUAAAGUU